CUUCAACAACAAACCUCCACGACCAACACAAUUAACACCACAAUGGACCCCGACACACCGCCUCCCGGACCCGCUCCCUCCGCAUUCAACUAUAUUCUCUCCUUCAUCCUCGUCGGCAUCGCCUGGGGCUUCACAACGCCCUUCAUUCGCCGCGCCGCAGUAGACUUCAACAAACGCCAAGAACAAACCAGUACAACACAACAGACCGCGGGAAACCAACCCAAAACAAUCCUCGGGCGCUUAAAAUCUCUUUUCUGGACGGUCGUUAACCUCCUCCGCACGCCGGCGUAUGCGAUUCCGUUAGUCUUGAAUUUGACGGGCAGUGUGUGGUUUUUCCUGCUUGUUGGGAAACAUGAAUUAUCGCUUACGGUCCCAAUUACGAAUUCGACAGCAUUUCUAUUUACUGUGCUUGGGGAAUGGUAUGUGGAGCGGAAGGUGAUUGCGCGGGAGACAUGGUUGGGGAUGGUGCUUGUGCUGGGUGGAAUAGCGUUGUGUGUGGAGUCGAAGAAUCAUGUUUAAUGGAUGAUCAUUAUUUUUUAGAUGGAGUUGUUAGUUGUAUAUAGGUAUUGGUUUAGUAUAA